GAAAGCGACAAAGGCAGAGGAGAGAAAGUAAAAGGGUGAAAAAUAUAAAGAAGAAGAAGAAAGAUCAGAUUUUUGUUCUUUAAUUUUGGUGGAUUGUUUCCUUCCUUUGCUUGAUUGCUUCGAAUUGGAAUAAGUCUGAAGAAUUUCGAGGCGGCCAUGGCUGUCGGCUUUCUCUUUUUCUCUUCUUCUUUCCCUCAUUCUCAAAGAUCAUUGAGAAGCUAUGAAGAACAGCGAGAUUAGGCCUGAGAAGUUGCAUUUACGUGGAAUAAGAAAAAGUUUGAGGAAGAUCAGAAUGAAGUGUUUGUGUUCUGGUGAACAAAUGAGGCUUAGAGAGGAUGAAGACAAGAAAUCUGAGCUUGGAGUUGGCAGAGACUACAAUGGAAGCUCAGCUUUAUCCACCGCAGAGAGCGAGAAUGCUAAGAAACUAGAUAAUGGGAAUAUUGAAGAAGCCGAGUUAUCUCUGCGUGAGACGAGUUCGUUGAACUACGAGGAGGCGAGAGCGCUUUUGGGAAGAAUCGAGUAUCAGAAAGGAAAUAUAGAGGCGGCAUUGCGAGUCUUUGAAGGGAUAGAUAUCAAUGGGAUCACAGUGAAGAUGAAAACCGCUCUAACCUUUAGAGAAGAACGGAAACAUAGAAGACGGUCUAAAGGCGGCUUUGCUGCUACUCCUCCGCCUUCUAUGUCUAAACAUGCUGUUAGUUUGCUUUUCGAAGCCAUUUUUCUCAAAGCAAAAUCUCUCCAGCGUCUUGGAAGGUUUCAAGAAGCUGCGCAGUCUUGCAGAGUUAUUCUUGAUAUAGUCGAGACUUCUUUAGCAGAAGGUGCGUCGGAUAAUGUGACUGGCGAUAUUAAGUUGCAGGAGACACUGACAAAAGCGGUCGAGCUGCUUCCUGAAUUGUGGAAGCUUGCUGAUUCGCCGCGUGAUGCUAUUUUGUCGUAUAGAAGAGCGCUUCUCAAUCACUGGAAACUCGAUCCAGAAACCACCGCGAGGAUCCAGAAAGAGUAUGCCGUGUUUCUCCUCUAUUCCGGGGAAGAAGCAGUGCCACCAAACCUGCGUUCUCAGACCGAGGGUUCGUUCAUUCCGAGGAACAAUGUGGAAGAAGCUAUUCUUCUUCUAAUGUUACUUCUCAGGAAAGUUAAUCUGAAAAGAAUCUCGUGGGAUGCGGCAAUCUUGGACCAUCUCUCGUUCGCUCUUACAAUCGCAGGCGAUCUAACUGCUCUGGCUAAGCAAUUUGAAGAGCUUAGUCCCGAGCUCUAUGAUCAGAGGGAACUUUAUCAUACAUUGUCUCUGUGUUACCAAGGUGCAGGAGAAGGUCUUGUCGCCCUUGGUUUACUGAGGAAGCUAUUUUCAGAACGAGAGGAUCCAAACCGAAUUUUGAGUUUGCUGAUGGCUUCCAAAAUAUGCGGUGAGAGAGCUGGUCUUGCUGAGGAAGGGUUAGAUUAUGCCCGGAGAGCAAUCGGAAACUUGGGGAAUGAAUGCAGUCAGUCAGAUGGAGCAGCGCGUUUCGUUUUAGGGAUCACACUCACGGAAAGCUCGAGAAUGGCUGUUACAGAGACAGAGCGGAUAGCUAGGCAAUCCGAGGGGAUUCAGGCUCUGGAAUCUGCGGAUAUGACAAACCCGAGAGUUGUGCACCGUCUUGCGUUGGAGAAUGCAGAACAGAGGAAACUGGAUUCUGCAUUAGCAUAUGCUAAACAGGCGUUGAAACUUGGAGCGGAGUCUGAUCUUGAAGUAUGGUUACUUUUGGCUCGGGUUUUAUCUGCGCAGAAGCGGUUUUCAGACGCCGAGACCAUUGUGGAUGCGGCGCUUAACGAGACAGGGAAAUGGGAACAGGGGAAGCUGUUACGUUUGAAGGCAAAGAUUCGCUUAGCUAAAGGGGAAGUGAAAGAUGCGAUUACGACUUACACACAACUUCUAGCACUCCUUCAGGUUCAGAGCAAAAGCAUCAAUUCUGCAAAGAAGCUGCCUAAGGGAUAUGUAGAGGAAUUGAGGAGUCUGGAGCUUGGUACGUGGCACGAUCUGGCUCAUAUCUACAUAAACCUCUCUCAAUGGCGUGACGCAGAGUCAUGUCUCUCGAGAUCAAGACUCAUUGCGCCUUACUCUUCUGUUAGAUACCACACUGAAGGUGUACUGCACAAUAGACAGGGGCAAUUAGAAGAAGCAAUGGAGGCGUUCACAACCGCUCUUGAUAUAGAUCCGAUGCACGUUCCAAGCUUAAUAUCGAAGGCUGAGAUCCUGCUGGAACUCGGGAAUCGAUCAGGCAUAGCGGUUGUAAGAAGCUUUCUAAUGGAGGCUCUUAGGAUUGAUAGGCUGAACCACUCGGCUUGGUAUAAUCUUGGAAAGAUGUUCAAAGCUGAAGGAUCCGUCUCGUCAAUGCAAGAAGCCGUCGAGUGUUUUCAAGCCGCUGUUACACUGGAGGAAACAAUGCCAGUGGAGCCAUUCAGAUGAUUUUGCCGUCCUCUCAAAUCAUA